CACAACACAACAAUAUCGAAAAAACCCUCACAUCGAUUAAACCCCCAAAUUCGGAAAAACACAAGACAAAAAAAAUGAAACUUCACCUCCUCUCUCCCUCACACUCACUCCCUUGCACUCGCUACUGGACCAACUUAUAAGAUCUCAGAAUCCGAUCGUAAUCCUCCAUGGAAGAAGACCAGAAGAUAUUGGAUCUAGUUAAAGAGCUCGUUCUUCGCUUACUUUCACCAAAUGGAGCCGAUUCAGGCCCAUCGGACCACUCGAUCGACCACGUGAAGGCGCUCAAAUACGCCAUGCGCAUACUUGGCAGCCGGAUGACGCCUUCAAUCUCAGUCGACGAAGCCGCCAUGGCUGAGUCUAUCAAGCGCAAUCUCGUUAACGAAGGUAAGUCUUCUGAUGCCCUAACCUUCGCCGAUCUGUAUGCCAAGUUCUCUUCCAAGUCUGGUCCUGGUAGUAUACAUAACAAAUGGGGCGUCCUUUACCUUCUCAAAGUGAUAUCCGAGGAUCGAAGAAAAGAGAAGAAAUCUGAUUCUAGAGUUUCGUCUGGUUUCUUUGCUUCGACGGUAUCUGGUGGUCUACCGCUCUUGUUUGACGGUGAGUCCGAUAAUUGUAGGGUUCCUAGGAAUCAGAAGACCUUAGACAAAGGUUGGAAUGGUGGUGUUUUGCUGGUUUCAAAAGAUCCAGAAAAUAUCAGGGACAUUGCCUUUCGGGAGUUUGCAGAUUUGUUGAAGGAAGAGAGCGAGGUUGCGGAGGCGGUUUUGGUUAGGGAUGUAUUGUAUGCUUGUCAAGGAAUCAAUGGGAAGUAUGUGAAAUUCGAUAAGAGCAUUGAUUCUUAUGUGUUGCCGGAAUCCAUUAAGGUACCCAGAGCAACGAGAAUUUUGGUUCGGAAGCUUUGCGAAUUGGGUUGGUUGUUUAGGAAGGUCAAAGGUUAUAUCACCCAGAGUAGGGAGAGGUUUCCCGCCGAAGAUGUUGGAACAGUUGGGCAGGCCUUUUGUGCUGCAUUGCAGGACGAACUGUCUGAAUAUUACAAGUUGUUGGCUGUGCUUGAAGCUCAGUGUACGAAUCCCAUUCCAAUGUUUUCUGAAACGGAAAAAACGGGUAACUAUCUCUCGCUGAGGCGAUUAUCAGUUUGGUUUGCUGAGCCAUUGGUGAAAAUGAGGUUGAUGGCGGUUCUGGUUGAUAGUUGCAGGGUUUUGAGGGGUGGUGCAAUGGCCGGGGCAAUUCAUAUGCAUGCUCGGCAUGGAGACCCAUUGAUUCAAGACUUCAUGAGGCGCCUUCUUCGUCGGGUCUGCUCUCCGCUUUUUGAAAUGGUGAGGAGUUGGGUUUUGGAGGGAGAGCUAGAUGAUAUUUUUGCAGAGUUCUUUGUUUUGGGUCAGCCUGUGAAGGCUGAGUCCCUCUGGCAAGAAGGGUACAGACUCCAUGCAGGGAUGCUUCCAUCUUUCAUCUCACAGUCUCUUGCUCAGCGGAUAUUGAGGACUGGGAAAUCAAUCAACUUCCUUCGUGUUUGUUGUGAGGACCAGGGUUGGGCAGAUGCUGCUACUGAAGCAGCAGCUGCCGUUGGGACUACAACUCGGAGAGGAGGGCUUGGAUAUGGUGAGACUGAUGCCCUCGAAUCACUGGUCACCAAAGCUGCAAAAAGGAUAGACAAGCAUCUAAUGGAUGUCAUGUACAAGAGAUACAAAUUCAAGGAACAUUGUCUUGCAAUUAAGCGCUAUUUACUUCUUGGCCAAGGUGAUUUUGUUCAGUACCUAAUGGAUAUUGUAGGACCAGAGCUUUCAGAGCCUGCAAACACCAUCAGCUCAUUCAAACUGGCUGGAUUGCUGGAAAGUGCAAUACGUUCAUCUAAUGCACAGUAUGAUGAUCCAGAUAUAUUGGAGAGGUUAAGGGUCAAAAUGAUGCCACAUAGUACUGGGGAUAGGGGUUGGGAUGUAUUCUCAUUGGAAUAUGAUGCAAGAGUGCCACUAAAUACCGUAUUUACAGAAUCAGUCAUGGCUAGGUAUCUUAAAAUUUUCAAUUUCCUUUGGAAACUUAGACGCGUUGAGCAUGCCCUUAUAGGAGCCUGGAAGACAAUGAAGCCAAAUUGUAUGACGUCUCACUUUUUCACAAAGCAGGAAGGUGCUAUUAAGCUGCAGUUUAUUUCGACAUUGCGGCGGUGCCAGGUUCUUUGGGAUGAGAUGAAUCAUUUUGUCACUAAUCUGCAAUAUUACAUCAUGUUUGAAGUUUUGGAAGUAUCAUGGUCCAAUUUUUUAGAUGAAAUGGAAGUGGCAAAAGACCUUGAUGAUUUGCAUGCAGCACAUGAGAAAUACUUGCAUUCGAUUGUGGAAAAGUCUCUUCUUGGAGAGCGAUCUCAAUCACUUUCUAAGACACUCUUUGUCUUACUUGACCUUAUAUUGAGAUUCCGUAGUUGUGCAGAUAGGUUAUAUGAAGGUAUUCAUGAACUACAAGCAAGAGCAAUGGAGUCCUCCCGGGGCAGGAACAAGUCAAGGUCAAGAUCAACUGACGAAUCUUUAGAAUGUGGGUCAUGGACUGGUGGUGGCAGGAAGGCCCUAACACAACUAGCUGGAGAAUUUUUUCGAAAUAUGAGAUCAGAUUUGGAUACAGUUGCAAAUGAGUAUUCAUCGUUACUUGAGGGAUUCAUCACUCAAUUGCCUGUUCAGCAGCAUGUUGAUCUGAAGUUCCUUCUGUUCCGGCUAGAUUUCACUGAAUUCUAUAGCCGGUUGCGCCCUAGUACGUAUGUUAACUAGCUUGGUGAAGAAACCGGUUUUCUGGAAUACCUUCACUACUUAAACAGUGAACAAUUAGCGUGCUUCCAUUUGCCCUUUGCCACCUUCUGCAAGUCAACAAUCAUGAUGUGGCUGGCUUAUCAGGACCAAGCGGUUCAUUUUUCACCGUGUCUUUACAUACUGGUAAGGUUUUUUUGGAGGUUUAUUACCUUGUAGCAAUAGGGAAAAAUCUCAGGUUGUCAAGUGUGAGAACAUGGGUUUGAGUCUGAGAGAGACCACUUUGUGCAAAAAAUUACCAUAGGACCAUAUCCAGUCCACCCCUCCCAAGACCCCAGAUAGCUGGGACCAACAUUGGGUAAUGGCCUUUUUUAACCUUGUAGUGAUAUGUAUCUGCUCUUGCUGUAUAACACCAUUCUUUCUUUUUCUUCUUUGCAGACAUUCUUUACUUCUUUCUGAUGGCUAGUGUUGAAAUUUUCUCUUGUUGAAUGCUGAGGUAUAUUGUUUUUAUUGACUCAGGUCUUAGGGUUAAAGUUACAUUGUACACGCUUUGUAUAUGACUGCUGCAAUUAUUUGUGAGUGUUGUGUGGCCGUGCAAUAUGUUCAUCCUGAGUUUGUAUAUCUGUACAAUAUUCCUCUCUUGUUAAAUCACAAGCAUUGUGUGCAGUGAUUUUCAAGACAUUGUGGCUUUUGAAUCUACUGUUUCCAUUUGUUGUCUUUUUUGCAAUUUUUC